AUGAAAUACUUAUCUGCUGUUAUUGACUCAUCAAAAAGUGAUUAUGACAAUCGACUAAUGGCAAGUAAUGCUCUUCGUAAUGUACUUGACGUCAUCAGGCAAGAAAUGCAUUUACUAUCCGAUCGCCUCAAGUGUAUUGAGCGCUCAAGAGCUCCACUCACAAUUACUAAUGUCAACUCCGAACCGAAAUCAAUUUAUCCAACUUCACUCGAAUGUUCAACAACUAAUAUGUUUGAAAGUUAUCCAGCUGAAAUAGAAAUUGAUCGACAUACAGUCGAAUUUACUCCAGCACGCUCACAAGUUAACAACAAUCGAUUAAUACUAAAUGAAAGUCAAUCACUACAGUUAAUGUCAUCACAUAUCCUGGCAACUCAGCCACCAAUGCGCUACCAACGAACAUCAGCACUUCAACCAAUUCAAAGACCGAUGAGUGAUAGUCCUAUUCAUGUUAAGGAGAUAUUCAAUUUUUAA